UGCAGGGCGCAGAGCUGUCGACGGCGCGGCCGCGCUGCCCGAACGCCCGCUCGGCCCUGCGGGCCACUCCCGACAGCGGCCUCGCUCCAGGCGGCGGGGACCGCGAAGCCCCGCUCUGUCCCUCUCUGUCCCCGUUCUGUCCCCGCUGCGCCCCCGCUCCGCUCCGCUCCGUCCCCGCUCUGUCCGUGUCCGUCCCAGCUCUGCGCUGCUUUGUCCCGCUCGGUCCCCGCCGCCGACCGCUGGCGAUGCCGUGCGGUGCCGCCUGGGCGCUGCUCUUGGCCGUGGCCUGGGGGCUCGGGGCGCGCGGGGUGCGCGGCGCGGUGGCCCUGGCCGACUUCUACCCGUUUGGCGCGGAGCACGGCGACGCUGUCACCCCCAAGCAGGACGACGGCGGCUCCGGGCUGCGGCCGCUCUCCGUGCCCUUCCCGUUCUUCGGCGCCGAGCACUCCGGACUCUACGUGAACAACAAUGGGAUCAUCUCCUUCCUGAAGGAGGUUUCUCAGUUCACCCCGGUGGCCUUUCCCAUCGCCAAGGACCGCUGUGUGGUGGCGGCCUUCUGGGCGGAUGUGGACAACCGGCGUGCAGGGGAUGUGUACUACCGGGAGGCCGCCGACCCCGCCAUGCUGCGCAGAGCCACGGAGGACAUCAGGCGCUACUUCCCCGAGCUCCCAGACUUCUCUGCCACCUGGGUUUUCAUCGCCACCUGGUACCGCGUGACCUUCUUUGGCGGCAGCUCCUCCUCCCCCGUCAACACGUUCCAGACUGUGCUCAUUACGGACGGCAAGUUCUCUUUCACCAUCUUCAACUAUGAGUCCAUCACGUGGACCACAGGCACACACGCCAGCAGCGGGGGUGACGCCACUGGCCUGGGGGGCAUCGCGGCCCAGGCUGGCUUCAACGCCUCCGUGUGCCUGACCCUGCGCCCGUGCCUCAACGGUGGGAAGUGCAUUGACGACUGCGUCACCGGCAACCCCUCCUACACCUGCUCCUGCCUCUCUGGAUUCACAGGGAGGAGGUGCCAACUGGAUGUGGAUGAGUGUGCUUCCCACCCAUGUCAGAAUGGCGGGACCUGCACCCACGGCGUCAACAGCUUCAGCUGCCAGUGCCCAGCUGGCUUCGGGGGACCCACCUGUGAGACAGCACCAUCUCCAUGUGACACCAAAGAGUGUGUGAAUGGCGGCCAGUGCCAGGUGGUCAGCGGCUCCGCAGUGUGCGAGUGCCCAGCGGGCUACACGGGCAACACCUGUGAGACAGACGUGGACGAAUGCGGCUCCAGCCCGUGCCUGAACGGAGCCUCAUGUGUCGACCUUGUGGGGAACUUCACCUGUCUGUGCACAGGGCCCUUCGAGGGACCACGCUGUGAGGCAGGAAGCCAGCCAGUGCCUGACCCCUGCCUCUCAGUCCCUUGCCAGAACGGGGGCACCUGUGUCGACGCAGAUGAGGGCUACGUGUGCGAGUGCCCCGAAGGCUUCAUGGGCCUCGACUGCAGGGACAGAACCCCUGAUGACUGUGAGUGCCGAAAUGGUGGCAGAUGUCUCGCGGGCAAUACCACCCUCUGCCAGUGCCCCCUGGGCUUCUUUGGGCUCCUCUGCGAAUUUGAAGUCACAGCCACGCCCUGCAACAUGAACACCCAGUGCCCCGAUGGCGGCUACUGCAUGGAGUACAGCGGGAGCUACCUGUGCGUCUGCCACACUGACCACAACAUCAGCCACUCACUGCCCUCACCCUGCGACUCAGACCCCUGCUUCAACGGAGGCUCCUGUGAGGCCCAGGACGACUCCUACACGUGCGAGUGCCCACGUGGGUUCCAUGGCAGGCACUGCGAGAAAGCCCGGCCGCGCCUGUGCAGCUCGGGGCCCUGCCGGAACGGGGGCACCUGCAAGGAAGCAGGCGGCGAGUACCAUUGCAACUGCCCUUACCGCUUCACUGGGAGGCACUGUGAGAUCGGGAAGCCAGACUCGUGCGCCUCUGGGCCCUGUCACAAUGGAGGCACCUGCUUCCACUACAUUGGCAAAUACAAGUGUGACUGUCCCCCAGGCUUCUCCGGGCGGCACUGUGAGAUAGCCCCUUCCCCCUGCUUCCGGAGCCCCUGUGUGAACGGGGGUACCUGCGAGGACCUGGGCACAGAUUUCUUCUGCCGCUGCCGAGCAGGGUACACAGGACGCCGGUGCCAGGCGGAAAUUGACGAGUGCAGAUCCCAGCCGUGCCUGCAUGGGGGCUCCUGCCAGGAUCGAGUCGCCGGGUACCUGUGCGUCUGCAGCCCGGGGCAUGAAGGAGCCCACUGUGAGCUGGAGACAGAUGAGUGCCAGGCGCAGCCCUGCAGAAACGGAGGCUCUUGCAGGGACCUCCCAGGAGCCUUUGUGUGCCAGUGCCCCGCAGGCUUCACUGGAGUCCACUGCGAGACAGAGGUGGAUGCCUGCGACUCCAGCCCCUGCCAGCACGGAGGCCAGUGCAAGAACGGUGGCGGGGCCUACCUGUGCGUCUGCCCAGAGGGUUUCUUCGGCUACCACUGUGAGACAGUGAGUGAUCCCUGUUUCUCCAGCCCCUGUGGGGGUCGUGGCUACUGCCUGGCCAGCAAUGGGUCCCACAGCUGUACCUGCAAAGUGGGCUACACGGGCAAGGACUGUGCCAAAGAGCUCUUCCCACCAACGGCCCUCAAGGUGGACCAAGUGGAGGAGAGUGGGGUCACCAUCUCCUGGCGCCCACCCGAAGGCCAGGCUGCCAGGCAGAUGCUGGACGGGUAUGCGGUCACCUACACCUCCGCUGACGGCUCCUUCCGCCGCACCGACUUUGUGGACCAGAGCCGCUCCUCCCACCAGCUCCGAGCCCUGGGGGCCGGCAGGGCCUACAACAUCUCCAUCUUCUCGGUCAAGCGCCACGCCAACAACAGGAACGACAUCAGCAGGCCCCUGGUGCUGCUCACCCGCACGCGACCCCGCCCUGUCGAGGGCCUUGAGGUCACCAAUGUGACGGCCAACGCCAUCUCCGUGCGGUGGGCUCUGCAUAGGAUACGUCACGCCACUGUCAGCAGUGUCCGUGUGUCCAUCCGCCACCCUGAGGCCCAAGAGGACCAUUCCACCGACGUGGACAAAAGUGUGGACACGUUCACAUUCAGUGCCCUGCUUCCUGGAAGGAGAUACACCGUCCGGGUGACCGCCCUCAGUGGGCUCGGGGCACAGGAGCACCCUACUGAGAGCGUGGCAUCCGCUCCAUUGCACGUGUGGACCCGGCCUCUGCCGCCAGCAAACCUGACUGCCACCCGAGUCACGGCCACCUCUGCCCAUGUGGUCUGGGAUGCCCCCACUCCAGGCACCUCACUGGAGGCGUACGUCAUCAACGUGACCACCAGCCAGAGCACCAAGAGCCGCUACGUCCCCAAUGGGAGGCUGGUGUCCUACACGAUACGGGACCUGGUGCCCGGGCGGCGGUACCAGCUCUCAGUGACAGCCGUGCAAAGCACAGAGGGUGACCAGCUGCACAGCGAGCCUGCUCACCUCUACAUCAUCACCUCCCCAAGGGACAGCUCCAACAGACACUGGCAUCGAGAAGGACUCCACCCACGGGUGCUCAGAAACAGACCAGUCCCAGUGCGCCUGCCGGAGCUGCGUCUACUCAGUGACCACGGGGCCCUCGAAAUGCCAACACAGGCGCCCAGGUUCUCGGAGCUCGUAGACGGCAGAGGACGAGUGAGUGCCAAGUUCAGUGGCUCACCUGGCAAAUCGGUCACCGUGAGAUCACAACCCACAGCUCUGGUGCAGCUCGAGGACACCACUGAGCAGGUCAGCCUGGCCCUGCAGCACCCCAAACGUGACGGCGACAAGGAUGUGGGAAACACCCCUGGGAACUGUACAGAAAACCCCUGUCAGAACGGAGGCACCUGCGUGCCAGGCGUGGACACCCACAGCUGUGACUGCAGCCCAGGGUUCAAAGGCAGGCACUGCGAGCUUGCCUGUAAAAAGCAGCCCCAGCCCUGCACGCGCCUGUUCUCGGAGACCAAGUCCCUGCCAGUCUGGGAAGGAGGUGUCUGCCACCACGUGUAUAAACGAGUCUACAAGGUACACCAGGAUAUCUGCUUCAAAGAGAGCUGUGAGAGCACAAGCAUCAAGAAAACCCCAAGCAGGUGCGUCUCAGGAGGAGGCCCUGCUUGUCCUGCUGUGGCUCACAGGGCCACGGGCAAGGGGACUGAGCACUGUGGAUACAACAGGCCUGGGGCUGAGCCAGGCUGUCUAUCUGCCCAGAGUGCAUGUGAGCACCCCGGACAGGAGGAGCUAGGCAUGGUGGGUGCUGGGGUGGUCAGAGGGUGGGUGCUGUGGGAGGUCACAGGGUUAGUGCUAGGGUAGGGUCACAGGGUGGUGCUGGGGCUGUGAGGGGGUGACUCUGGUCAUGCAUGUGCACUCAGUAUCCUGGGUGCUCAAAAUGGGAAGCAUUAGGACAGACCCAAGUACAUAACUGCAAAUACAGCAAGUCUCCGUUUACUUUUUACCCUCUCACACCUAGGU